CUGGAGAUGACCAGGUACCUGUGAAGGGUUGGCUUUCAACAUGGCCUUUUCUUCUGUCCUGUUUCUUCUAACCACGGCCAGUUAAAAGGGGGACGUUGGGUUAUUAACAUACAAUGCUGAUGUCUAUUGUUAUACGUAAUCUUAUCGCUGAAGCCAGGUACUUAUAGUCACGGGGAAAAAAGAGAUGAAAGACAGUAUGUUUUCCUACGUUUUUCGGACUGCGAGAGUCUGGGGAACUGUUCUACGACCUGCCAUCUGAAAAUCCAAGGACAAUUAAUUUUUUUGUAGAGACUUGUUUGGGAAACUUUGAUUUUUGAUUUCAUUUUCCUGUGGGAGAAGAGAGCAACUUUUAUUUCAGACUGAUGGGAUCGUCAGUCAGACAGCGAGAGAGACAGAGAGCCAUGCGAUGCCAGCGUGUAAAGGAGUGUGUGUUCUGGCCGUGUGGGGGCUGGAAGUUGGCUGUCUGGCUGCUGGCAUCCCUGCUAGGGUCCCUGCUACUGGUGGCUGUCGGAGUGAUACUGCAGAUCGGAGAUUUGACCGAAAUCAGCAGAAGAGCCAUGCCUGCCAAUGGGACCACGACGACGACGACCUCCAUGAAGACAACACAGUCCCAAGUGCGUCUGGUGAACGGGCGUGUCUCCUCUCCAGUGCGUCUGGUGAACGGGCGUGUCUCCUCUCCAGUGCGUCUGGUGAACGGGCGUGACCGGUGUGAGGGCCGUGUGGAAGUGUGGCACAACGGAACGUGGGGUACGGUGUGUGAUGACGACUGGGACAUGGUAGAUGCCAAUGUGGUGUGUCGGCAGCUGGUCUGUGGUGUGGCUGUGGCGGUGGGUAGCAUCUCAGAGUACGGCCAGGGCUUGGGGCCCAUCAUGCUGGACAACGUAGACUGUAAAGGAGGGGAGACCGACCUGGGACAGUGUGGCAGUCUGGGCUGGAGAAUCCAUAACUGUUACCACUACGAGGAUGUAUCGGUCACAUGCAAAGUUCCAUCAGUGGUGGCGUCACGGAGCCUCGGUGUGGCCACCACUUCAUCUCGGAGAAACUCAGGUUUAAGAGAUGGUAGGAUCCGCUUAGUUGGUGGACUGGACUACUGCCAGGGACGAGUGGAGGUCUUCUACCAGGGCAGCUGGGGGACGGUGUGUGAUGACGACUGGGGUAGGAGAGACGCAGGGGUGGUGUGUCAGCAGAUUGGCUGUGGCCACGCCGUUUCCUCCACCACCAAUGCCUACUUUGGUUACGGCACAGGACUGAUUCUACUGGACAAUGUCAACUGUAAUGGUUACGAGAAUCAGCUAAGUAAAUGCUACAGCCUGGGAUGGGGGAUACACAACUGUGGACAUCAUGAGGAUGCUGGAGUUAUCUGUUCAGGUUCAGGCUCCACCACAGUUUCUACCAAGAACACAAUGCCCAUGGGAAGGGGAUUCUUCCAGACUGCCAGCAUUACAGUGACCGACCGAACAGAACCAGUCAAGACCACUACUACAACUACCGUGACAAAGACAACGGUUGCUAUGACAACCAAAGAGCGUCCCGUCAUCCGCGUGGUGAACGGUAAUAGCAGCUGCGAGGGUCGCGUGGAGGUGUUCCAUGGUAACCUCUGGGGCACGGUGUGUGACGACGACUGGCAGCUGCCCAACGCCCAGGUGGUGUGCAGGCAGCUGGGUUGUGGUCCCGCUAUCGCCGCCAAGAUCCUGGCCUUCUUCGGCUACGGCUCGGGUCCCAUCUUGCUGGACAACGUGGACUGUACGGGCAGUGAAAUGAAACUGGAGAAUUGUUUCAACCUGGGCUGGGGACAGCACAACUGUGGACACCAUGAAGACGCUGGAGUUAUCUGUGCACCCUUUCAGCCUGUUCGAGCUGGAAGAGACUUCGCCGUGACAGAAACAACAACUAGACCACCAAGUGACGGCAUGGUGAGGUUGGCAGGCGGGCAGCACCACUGCGAGGGUCGGGUGGAGAUGUUCUUGGGGGCGAAAUGGGGUACGGUAUGCGACGACGCCUGGGACAUGCCAGAUGCCCAGGUGGUGUGUCGCCAGCUGGGCUGCGGAGAGGCUGCUGCGGCUCGCGGGGAGGCCUACUUCGGGCCCGGUAACGGCACCAUCCUCCUGGACAAUCUGAAGUGCAGUGGCUCCGAGACCUCGCUCCAGCAGUGCUCACACAUACCCUGGGAUGUACACAACUGUGACCAUUCUGAAGACGCUGGCGUCACGUGCUCACUGUCGUGAUUCGAGUAGCGGUGGGCAUAACCCGGGACUUGUAAACAUGAUGUAAAUAACAGCGACGCCAAAUGGAAGGAAGACAACAACAAAAGAAAAAAAUUAAAUAACAAAAAUAACAAAAAUUAACAUAUUAUUAAAUAUUAUGAUUAUAUAUUCCUAUUAAGCACCUUAUAAAUAAAAAAGAUUAUAUAUAAAACGCUGUACACAUUUUUUGAUAUAUGAU